AUGGUUUUAAUUCGGCUCCCUCGCAUCCUUCACUCUGCCCUCUUCCAUCGCCAUCGCAAACCCAAGCCGCGACCAGUGAUCCGUCUGAUUCUUCCCCCCAAAAGUCCUGAUAUUGAAGUAGCCUCAAUUGCUACCACUGAUAUCUGGAAAUCCCCCAUCACGGAGCCUUGGUCUGACAUCAUGGAGGACCCAAAGGAGGAGGCCAACCGUUAUUCGGCCUCGGUCUACAGUGACCAUCCAGAGAAAAUUGGAUUGGCAAUCAGCGAUGAUUCCUCCGAGCCUUCCCCCAAGUGGUCUGUGGUGCCUCGAAACCCGCGCCCUUACACGAUCGGCAGCGAUGAGUGGGUUGAAGUCAACACUAUGAACCCUGCCUCGCCUCUUCCCAGCCCAUCGCUUGAGCCAAAGGAUGUCAGUUAUCUGGAGGAGGAUGAUCUGAAAUUGCACUUGGAUGUUGUGGUCGGAAUCUUCGUCAAGGUCUACGCCAUCGCUAAGAUCCUGGAGGUCGCGUUCAUGGGAUACGGCGUUGAGCUGGACAUGACCGUCGGAACAGGCCUGAUGUACUGGAUCGCCUGCGCGCAACGAAAGAUUCGAACCCGCUCACUGUGCCUUCUCAUCAAGUGGACCGAAAACCUUUACUAUGCCUGCUAUGCCCGACUUACGCUUGACAUUGCCGCGAUUGAGCUAUGUGCAGCAUUCAGAUCAGAGGAUCGCUCUGGGUUCAUUUGCAACGGAACCUUCUGCCUCCCUGAAGCGAGCCACCUCUAUCGCAUCCUCCUCGCGUGCAAAGAUAUUCUCGAUUAUCCGGAGUUUUCCGCCCAUCGUGACGAAACUAUGGUCACCCACUUCCAGCGGGCGUAUGUGCGCGUACUCACCGACAUGCAGAAAGAGUUGGGACAUUUUAUCGCCGAUGACAUCUUAGGGUUCCGCCGCAACGCGCGCAGUGUUGUCUCCAACCCCGAGUCCGCCUUUAGCCAGAAAUGGAACCAGAUUAUCCCGGGCUUCUCUGAGAUCCCUGCCGAAGUCGUAACGAUGCUCGCCGAGAAAUUCUUCACCAUGUAUCCCAAGGACGUGCCUGCACGCGACUACGAACCGUUCUCUUUUAUCAGAUUCGAUGUGGAUCCAACUCCGUCGGAGGAUUAUGAAGCGUAUCCACAGGAGUGGGUAGAGUGUGAGAUGAUCCAGUACCAUCGUGAAGCUGCAGAGGCCCGCUUGGAAGGACUCACUCUCGGAGAGUUGCGUCGUCGCGACUAUAACUCUGCUGAGAUGGUGAGAACUGCUCGACUCCGCUCCUGCAUCUGCAAAGAGACCUGCUUCUGUGCUGAGGAGUGUUCUUUCAACGUGGAGCGCAGCUGCCCCUGUGCCCAGCGACAGUUACGUACGUACCAUUGCAUUGACCGCAAGUGUAUCGGCCGCGGCACCUACCUGGAACGCAUUGACGCUGUCGCCCUCAGCGGUUUUCAAGGAUUGGGUGGUCUCAAGCGAGAGAAUGAUGACUCGAUUGUCGCGCUUGAGCUGGAAUGGGCCCUUGGAAUCAUUGAGAUUGAGGUUCGUCGCGACCGAACUAUUGGCCCUGAAGUUGAGUUUGUGGGGCUCUAA